AUGAAUUAUAAUUUAGUAUGGAAAUAUUUGGAAAAGGAAAUCAGAAGGUAUAACAGAAGUGUUUGGUGUACCUUAUUAUAUGGGAGAAAUAAUAUACUUAUUGUCCUAAUAAUGAAUAUUAUAUUAUGGAAUGUUUGUAUAACUAAUAAUGAUAUAACACUAGAUUCAAAAUAUAUCAGCACUAGGUACAUAAGAAUUCUUUGCAUCCCAGAUAUUAUAGAUGAUGUUGUAAAUGUUAAAAUAAAAGAAGAAAAUAUAAAUAAGGAAAAUGAUAAUGUGAUUAAAUCAAUUAAGAGUAUUAAAUAUCCUGAUAAUGUAGAUUUAUAUAAUGCAUUAAGAGAAAAAAUAAGAGAGAAUAUGGAACAAAAUAAAUGUGGAUCUAUACCUUAUAGUGAUGAACAUUUAAUUCCAUUUUACAAUGAAAAAAAUAAUAGUAUAAAUAAUGAUAUUGAUUCAUUAGACGGAAGAGAUAAUUUGAUUAGAUUAAAAAUGUAUAAUAUAUGGUUAGAAUUAAUGCAGAAUGAACAAAUGAAAUAUUAUAGUAUAAGACACAGUUUAAAUAAAUUUUAUAAAGAUUUAAAUCAGAAAUAUAAUCUAAAAAUUGAAUCAAAUGAUAAAGCUUUGAAAGAAUGUAAUGAAAUUAUUUGUUUAAGCGCUCAUUAUCUUCAACGUCAUCUAAAUAAUAUGUUUAAUAAAUGGUUUAAAAAAGGGUUUGUGAGUAUUGGAGAAUUUCAUAAUAUAAUUAACGCUACUAGACAUGGGUGGAAUGUAUUAACCACUGAUGUGCAAAAAAAGUAUAAAGAUAUUUUGACUGAUAAUUUAAUUGAAAAAAUGAACAAACCUUAUUUUAUAGGAAAUAAUAUCUUUAAUUCUUAUUUAGAUCAUAUUAACGUCAAAGAUAAUACACAGCAAUAUAAUGAAAAUAUGAAAAAAAUGUCAUGUAUAGAAAAAAUACCAAGAACAGAAAAAGAAGGAAAUAUAGAAGUGAAUUAUAAUAAUAAUUUAAAUGUAAAGGAUAAAAAGUUAUUAUAUGAAAACAUAGUUAAAAAUAAUUCAACAAUAAAAAAUUAUACUGAAUGUUUAAAAAUGGCGGAAUAUGUAGAUGUUGAUACUUCGGAUGUUAGUGUAAAGGAAGAAAAUAAUAUGAUAAAAAGAAAUAUAAGAAGAAAUAAUAAUAUUUAUAAAAUUAAUAAUGAAGAAAUAAGCAAUAAUGUAGAAAAAAAUAAUAAUAUAGAAAAGGAGGAUAAUCAAAAUAUAAAUUAUAAUGAUGAUGAAGAAUUAAAUGAAAUAGAAAAAAAUGAAUUUUAUAAUAAUAAUAUAGAAAAAGAGGAUAAUCAAAAUAUAAAUUAUAAUGAUGAUGAAGAAUUAAAUGAAAUAGAAAAAAAUGAAUUUUAUAAUAAUAAUAUGGAAAAGGGGAAUAAUAAAAAUAUUAAUUAUAAUGUUAAUGUAGAAGAAAAUGAAAUAAACAAAAAUGAAUUUUAUUAUAAUGAUGAGGAAAAUGAAAAUGAUGACAUUGAAAUAAGUUUAGAAGAUAUAUUCGAUAAAUCAACAAAUAUAAUAAAAGAAGCUGAGGAAAUUAUUAAUAAGAGAGAAAGUGGUACUUCAGUUGAUUCAUGUAUUUUUAUAGAUAAACCUAUAGAUUAUGAUAAACAAAUUGAAUGUAUGAAUAAUAAUAAUACAAAUGGAUAUUUAGAUUAUUGUAAUAAAAAAUAUUGUAAUCAAAAUAAUUGUAAUACUACAUAUUUACAAAGAAAAUGGGAAUCUCUUACUCUCAUUUCAGAUAAGGAUAAGUCUUUAAAUAAUAUUAUUUAUUCUAUAUGGAAAUAUGUAAGUAAUAAAAAUAAUUUGUUAUAUUGGAGAAAAUUUAAUACUUACUGA